AUGGAAGAUAACAAAUCACAAAGCACUGAGAGUGCCACCGGUGAAGGCGCCUCCUUCAUUGCUCUUGCAGAAAGUAUUCUCGAGCAGACCAAAGCUGCGGCUAAUGAGCCCACCGCCACAAAUGAGUACCUCAAGCUGCAGAGUAGCCUGCGGACGUCCAUUGAGGAUCUUCAGCGGCUGGUCGAAGGCCCGCGGCGCUUCCUACGGUCGUUUACGACUCUAGGAUAUGACAUCGCUGCCUUGCAGAUCGCUCUAGACUUCAAUUUCUUCUCGUUCGUGCCCCCGGACGGAGAUAUCUCCUUGGCAGAUUUGGCGGAGAAGGCGGGCUUGGAUUUAGAUCGGACCAGCCGCGUUGUGCGUAUGUUGAUAACCUACCGUAUCUUCGAGGAGAAGAGGCAGGGUUAUGUAUCGCAUAGCGCGAGCUCGCUUGUCUUGCUGGAAGAUGAGGAGUUAAGGUGUACCGUACACUACUCGUUCGACGAGAUGCUAAAAGCAGCGGCGGAGUCAAGCGACAGUCUCAAAGAGCAUCCAUUUGAAUCGGACAGUACCCAUUGUCCCUUCUAUACGAGACACGGGCUUCCAGUCUUCGAGUACUACGCCAAGUACCCGGAUAAAGCUGCGCGUUUUGCGAGGGCUAUGGCUGGGGCAACUAGAAUGGGCCUCCACAUCAAGGAACUACGGGACUGCUUCUCUUGGGGAGAGCUCAGAGGCACUGUUGUCGAUGUUGGCGGUGGAAGCGGCCAUAUAUCGAUAGCUUUGGCUCGAUUGUUCCCACAUCUCAAAUUUGUCGUACAAGAUGGCUCGAACGACAUGCUCGCCGAAGGCCGCGCGCUCCUGACCGACGACGUUAGGGAACGCAUUACUUUCGUGCAGCACAGCUUCUUCGAGCCGCAGCCGCUUCGGAAGAAUGAUCCCGCAGCGGCAUACCUAUUCCGCUAGUGUACGCACAAUUGGUGCGAUCGAGACGUCGUGACCAUGUUUCGGUCCUUCGUCCCCGGGCUGGAAGUUUCCGGGCCGGCUACCCCGUUGCUGAUUAACGAUAUCAUCAUGCCCGAACCCGGCGAUAAUUGGCCACGGCUGCUAGAGCGGGAUAUCCGGCAGAUUGAUAUGAUCGUGUUGAUUAGCUAUGGCGGCAAACAGCGCUGUCGGACGGAGUUCGAGGCGUUGCUGAAAGAGGCGGAUGCGCGAUAUGAAGUCCACAAAGUGCACGCAAUCGGACCACUGGGCUUGCUGGAAGUAUAUCUAAGGCAAUAAGUGGAGAGUCAAUUGAAAGAAGUGGUUAGGAGCCACGUCAAUCUAAAUGCAAAAGGCUCAGUUAGAGCAAAGGGGGAAAAGAAACCAGAGUAAACCUGAGGUCUCAUUUACAAGCUGCGUGCGGAUUCUAGUUUUCGCUACAUUACAUUCUCUGCUGAGAAGCUAUCUUGUCAAGGUACAAUUCGAUCCUUACUAUACCUACCUACCUACCUAGGUAGGCAUGCUUCCAAUUACUGGGCAACGC